GGGGGAGCAUGUGCUUACCGAUGUGAUGUAGCAUUGUAUCAAUUACAUGAAGCCAGUUUGGUCCAGUGCGUAUUAGGCCUACAGCAUAAAUUACUGGCAAACAUCUGCAUUUUGCAAACAGUGUGUCCUGUUGCGCUGUGAUGAGUAUUUCACUGCGUGUUUCUGUGUAGAUAAGAAGCCAACACACUGAAAUUAUUUCGGGAGGCUUACAACCUUCGGUGUAGCUUACAGGGCGCAGGUUCUCACUGGUCUCUUGCUCCAACGAGUCAGUUGCUGUGUGAUCUCUGAAUCGCAGGGUGGGAGGAUCCAGUGUUUGCCUGCGCAAGUGCUGUAAUCUUCCUUACUGUUGGAUACCGAGGGAGAGGUACGCUAUAACAGUUACGACACUACUGUCAGCCUCAACUUGCCACAGAUGCUGGAGACAGAAAACAAGCAACAAGCGUCGGUGGCUAGAAAGAGACAAGUUUCCCUCGACAGAACGAGGAAAUGAGCUACGCGCCAUGGGAAUCUUCAUCUUGAGUCGCUCUUUGGAACGGUCUUAAGGCGCAGUGCAUCUGUAAUAGAGAGGAUACCUUCUUCAAGCUGUUUUCUCGCGUUUUUCAUACGCCAAACAGCAGCGCCACUACUCAACACAGAGCUCGCAGGUGGAGGUGCGUGUGUGUCAUCUAUGGCGGGGAUGUGAGGCGACGGGAGAGACCGCUCGCUGAAUCCGCCGAGCACCGUGCCUCCAGCUUGCCAGCUGAGAGGGAAAGCAGGGUCGUGCCCCGGUUGGAGCUCCAUCUGUGUGCGCCUUCAACCGAGGACAGCUGUUAUUUCAGCCGUUGGAACCAUCGGUGAAACCUCAACUGGAGGGUGGACGUAGGGAAACGUCGAGUUUGGGAAGUUUUGCACAUAAUUCUAAGCACCAUGAUCUUUAUGAUUAUCGGGGCUGCUAUUGUAAUGGCGGUAGCGUGUUUAACGGACAUGAACGCUCUUCUGGAUCGCUUUCACAACUAUAUCUUACCACAUUUAAGAGGAGAGGACCGCGUCUGUCAUUGCGACUGUGGAAGGCACCAUGUGCACUACGUGAUCCCGUACGAUGGGGACCAGUCACUGGUGGACUCCACGGAGAACUACUUUGUGAGCAGUGGCAUCACCAAGCAGGAGAUGGACCUGAUGCUGGGCCUCCUGCUGGGCUUCAUCCUGAGCUGGGUGCUGCUGUGGCUGGACGGAGUGCUGCAGUGUGCCCUCAGGGCCUGGAGAACCAGCCCACACCAUGACAUAGUGCCAUGGGAGUGGCUGUCUCGUGUGUGCAACCUGCGGGACCUGCGCAGACGGCUGCAGCUGCGGCUGCUGGAGGACUCUGGGGGGAACAUGGUGCACAUCAAGCAGAAGCUGUACCACAACGGCCACCCCAGCCCCCGGCACCUCUGAGACAGGACCCCCCCCCCCCCCCCCCCGCCUCAGACACGGCCCAGCACGCCUUUGACUCCACCCUACUUCAGUGCACUGAUGGCCCACCAUGCAGAACCUGUUCCAGCAGAUAGAGGGACGGACAGACAGACAGAUGGUCGGCUCGCCUCACACCUGCACCAGAGGCCUCCCACUUCUCUUUAAAUUUCACCUGUGUCUCGUACCAAUCCAUCUCUCUCAUUUCCUCUCACAGUAGACGGCCCGCAUCGCCCCUGACUCAGAGAGGCCCAUAUGACUCCUCUUUAGUCACUGCUGACAAGAUCCAUCUCAGCAUGACUCACUCUCCAGGUCUGAGUUUAAGCAUCCACCCUGAGACAAGACGCUCCAACCAUGACACCCACCCAUCAUGUCUUUAAGGCAGGCAUCUGGACACUGGAGACCACACAUCCACCUUAAACCAUCAACUGUACGUUCUUCAGAUUUCACCAGUCUGCAAUCUCAGCAUUUGGUGAGACAGUUCACAACACCAUGGUUAUUCCAAACCUUUUGUUGACACCAGCACAGCUUAGACCACCUUCACACAACCUUCAGUCGACCUUCCCCUGGCCUUCAUUGGCUUAGUCCAUUUAUUCCUUAGGUGGCCAUUCUUAGAAAGAAUUCUAUUAUGUGAUGUCGUCAGCAAGAAUGUGUGUGUUCUUUAUGGGGGAAGGAGCACGAGUGGGGAGGGGGCUGUUGGAAGGAGGUGUACAGUAACCUUUGCUUGCAGGUCUUUUGUAGAGUAGGUGUCUACUUUGCUUGCAGUAGUCUGCUUUUAAUCGGUCCUGUCUGUGAAAGUGAGUGUGUGUGUGUGUAUGUGUGUUUGUGUAAAUGAGGUGGGAGGGAGUCGAGGUUCAUAUAUUUUUGAUGUCUCCAUUUUUCAAAUGGGAUUUUGUGCCCAGGGAAAAUGUUUGUUAGUGUCUAUUUUGGAGAAUCCGCAUGUUUAUAUAUAUAUAUUAUAAAAAAAACUGCGGGGGAGGGUACGUGCCGGUGCUAGUGGAACAUUAGUGGGGUUCUGACUUUUUAAACAAGCAGGGUUUGGGUUUAACAGAAAAGAACCUUCAUAGUCAAAAUCAAUGUUGUAAAUAUAUAUUUUUUCUUUGAUCGACUAGUCGUUUGAAUUUUGGGUAAAAACUAACUGAAUGUUUGCAAUGAUAAUGUUGGAAAGGAUUUAGGGAGAGAGGAGGGCAUUGAGGUUUGGUAAGAGCAAAGUACUCAAGGACUGUUCUGGUAAAUGAUUCAUGCACUUAAUGAAUUAUGGGUAUCACUUUGGCUGCUCUGAAUGUCCCUUGUGGAUAUUGUUUCAACUAACACACAUACAUCGCCACUAAUAUGUGCGCUUAUGUUGGAGUCUGACCAGAGAAAACCAAUUGAAGAAUCUUCCACUGUCAGAGAAUACUAGUUUGGUAAACCAUUUUAACGCAAAUGGAGAUGAUGUUGAUUGCUAGACUGUAGGUUAUGCUUAGCAGGAUCCACUUGAUGUUUGCAGUAACAGACCAGAUUGUAAGGGUCAGUAACUGACACCAACAAAAUGGACCUUCAGUUUUUAUCUUAGCCAUAGUUUGAAAUAGGUAGACAGCUUUGAAACCGGCAAGUUAGAAUCGGAGCUUAGGCUUUCUAAAAUAUUGCAGGGCUGUUAAUGCGGUUUAAAGGAUGAGUGUUUAUAUGUUCACAUGCAGAGAAACUACAUUCCAAUUGACAGCAACUCAAUAUGAGGGUAAUUGAGAAAGGGCAGUGAAUACAGCGAUGAAAAGCUAAAAAAAAAACCAAUUAGUCCUUGCAUUUUACUGCAUGAACAUUAACAACGUACAUGUUAUAGACACACAAAUUUUGCAGAUCGGAACUAGUGUCUCUGCAGUGUAAGAGGUAUGUGGUUUAGAUGUGUGUGUCUACAUUGAGAAAUGUGCUUUGUGUGUAUUAGGAUUCUGGAAUGUGUUUGUCCUGGUUGAGUGGGAUCAUGUGACUUGAGGGGUCACCAGGAUUGGCUCAGUCUCUACUCCUGAAGUACUCAGUGUCCCCUCUUUCCCUCACCGUCUCCUUGUUCAGAUAUUGCUGUUGUGAAGAUGAACCUCUCUGUUUCAAUAAAAGUUGGAUGGUU